AUGCCGGUGGCCCUGCUGCAGGACUGGUGCCGCGGGGAGCACCUGGACAUCCAGAGGGCCCUGCUGGUCCUGGGCGUCCCCGAGGACUGCCCUGGGGCAGAGCUGCAGGAGACGCUGCGGGCGGCGCUGCGGCACCUGGGCAGCUACCGAGUGAUCGGCAGGAUGUUCAGGAGGGAGGAGAACGGCCAGGCGCUCCUCCUGGAGCUGGCCCGAGACAUCGACUACGCGCUGGUGCCCAGGGAGAUCUCAGCCAAGGGCGGACCCUGGGAAGUGAUUGUCAAGCCCCGCAACUCAGACGGGGAAUUUCUCAACCGGCUGAACCGCUUCCUGGAGGACGAGAGGCGCUCUGUGGCAGACAUGAACCGUGUGCUCCGGUCGGGGCCCGCCUGCCCGGCCCCCGGAAUGGCCAUCUCCCCUGAGUUCUGGGCCUGGGCCCAGACCCUGGGGGCAGCUGUGCAGCCUUUGCUGGAACAACUGCUGUACCGCGAGCUCCGCGUGUUCUCUGGGCACACGGUGUCCAUCCCUGGGGCACUGGCCUUUGACGCCUGGCUGGAGCACACCACCGACGUGCUUCAGAUGUGGCAGGUACCCGAGGGGGAAAAGAGGAGACGGCUGAUGGAAUGCUUGCGGGGGCCCGCGCUGCAGGUGGUCAGCGGGCUCCGUGCCAACAAUGCUGCGGUCUCGGUGGCCGAGUGCUUGGCGGCGCUGCAGCAGGUGUUUGGGCCUGUGGAGAGCCGCAAAAUCAGCCAGGUGAAGCUGUGCAAGGCCCGCCAGGAGAUAGGAGAGAAGGUGUCGAGCUUCGUGGUCCGUUUGGAACCGCUGCUCCAAAGAGCAGUGGAGAAAAAUGCCAUCUCCCGAAGGGGCAUCAACCAGGCUCGCCUGAAGCAAGUCCUUGGUGGGGCGACCCUUCCCGACAAACUCCGAGACAGGCUGAGGCUGAUGAAGCAGCGGCGGCGGCCCCCCGGCUUCCUGGCCCUGGUCAAGCUCCUCCGAGAGGAGGAGGAGUGGGAGGCCACUGUGGGGCCGGCGAGGCCCGAGGAGCCCACCAGCAGCGGGGACAGUGCUCAGGUGAGGCCCCCGCAGGGCUCUGGGCGCAGGCGGGGCAGAGGCCAGAGGCGCCGGGGAGGGGCAGCCCGAGCUGGCGCUCCGGCCGCAGAGGAACGGAAACGCCACUCAUUUUGCUAUGGCUGUGGGGAGGACGGCCACAUCAGGGCGCAGUGCACCAAUCCCCAGAACCAGCUCCUGGUCGAGCAGAAGAUGCAGGCUACCGUGCAGUCGGGAAACGGGAUCCGGGCUUGGGACCAGGGCCACCCCAAGCCCAAGCCCAGACCCAAGUAG